AUGUCUGCUAUGACGGGUCCGAGAUCACCUACUUCUCCGUGGCCUCAGGAGCCACCAAACCUACAAAUUACAGGCCACCCUACCUCAGCAGCAAUUUUUUCUGGUCGCGCCGUUGCAGUUGAACGCUGUGCUGAGUUACUAGAAUCCUCACCCAAUGAUGUCAUGCUGCUAGAUGUGCGGCCAUAUGCGCAUUUUGCGAAAGGGAGCAUUAAGGGAUCAUUGAAUCUUUGCAUACCAACGACUUUAUUGAAGCGUCCUUCGUUUGAUACACAAAAGUUGGCAAAUACUUUCACAAAUCACGUGGACAAGAUGAAUUUUGCGAGGUGGAAAUAUUGCCGUUAUAUCAUUGUCUAUGAUGCAGGGACUUCUGACAUGAAUGAUGCGGGGCCUCUAGUUAAUGUGCUGAAAAAGUUCACGACCGAAGGAUGGGAUGGGGACGGGCUGAUACUUAGGGGUGGGUUCGACUCAUUUUCGAACCGAUUCCCCGCUCUCCUGCAACAGCAAAGUUCGCCUGCAAAACCAUCAAAAAAGCCAACUUCAAUGCAUAUAGACCUACCAUCUGUUGCCCCAAUUGCUGGGGGCUGUGCUUUGCCUGAUUCCUCACAUCCUACGAUCCCCUUUUUUGGGAACAUCCGGCAGCACAUGGAUCUUCUUGGUGGUGUCGGACAAAUCCCUCUCCAGCUACCCGAGAAUCUGACAGAAUCGUUGAGGCAGUCACUACCACCUUGGCUGCGGGAAGCGACAGAUCCAGCAGACCAAGGCCGUGGCGUUUCAGAGAAAUUCUUAGAACUCGAGAAAAAAGAAUUAGAACGCAUGAAACAAGCCCUGACUUAUGACAAGUCUUCCGAUACUUCAGCAGGCGGUGUUUUCCCGGAGAAAUUCCGUGUCGCAGGUAUCGAGAAAGGCACAAAGAACAGAUAUAACGACAUUUAUCCUUUUGACCACUCCCGAGUGAAGUUGCAGGAUGUGCCGCCUGGGGAGUGUGAUUACGUAAAUGCAAACUUUAUGAAAGCAGAGUAUGGCACUAAACGCUACAUAGCUACUCAAGCCCCUGUGCCUGAUACAUUUACUGAUUUCUGGCGUGUCAUCUGGGAACAAGAUGUCAGGCUCGUCGUUACGUUGACUGCAGAGUUCGAAAGAGGCCAGAUUAAGUGCCACCCAUAUUGGGAGUCUGGGAAAUAUGGGCCUCUUCAAGUCAACAAUUUUUCCCAAAAAUACCUCGAUAUAGAUUCUCCAGAUUCGCAGGAAGUCAGUUCUCCAUUCAAAACAAGCGAGGAUUCCGCUAAACCUUACAUCAUUGUACGGCAUUUUGGUUUGUCGCAUUCGGCUUUUCCAUUUCAGCCACUGCGUGAAGUAACGCAGUUGCAAUAUCCAUGUUGGCCAGAUUUUGGCACCACCUCACAACCUGCCCAUCUACUUAAGCUGAUUGAACAGUGUGAUAAAGUCACAAGUGCAUCUCCCAGUCGUGACGUAGGGGCAACUGGGCGGAGGCCAGUGUUGGUUCACUGCAGUGCGGGGUGUGGCCGUACGGGGACCUUCUGUACCGUUGAUAGUGUGCUGGACAUGCUGAAGCGAACACCCGCAGAGAAUACAGCACACUCGCAGAACUCUCCAACGGUUGAUCAUUCUGACCACGACUGCGUGUACGAUAGGAAACUGGACCUCAUUGCCAAAACCGUAGCUGACUUUCGUACACAAAGACCUAGUAUGGUCCAGAACUUGAGUCAGUUCGUCCUGUGCUACGAGAGCGUUCUAGAGUGGUUCGUCUCUCGGAUGGAAAAUAAAAGCUUGGCAUAG